GACUCAAAGGUGCGCGCUUCCGUUGUUCCCAGGAAGUUGUGGGCUCCUGGUCCUGCCCCAUAACUGAGGCGGAAGCAUAGCUUGUGGAGCUGGGCCGCGUUGCCGCUGUGCAUCAGCCCAUGGCUGCCUACUCCUACCGCCCAGGCCCGGGUGGUGGCCCCGGCCCUGCUGCUGGAGCUGCACUGCCAGACCAGAGCUUCCUGUGGAACGUCUUCCAGCGGGUUGAUAAAGACAGGAGUGGAGUGAUUUCAGACAAUGAGCUUCAGCAAGCAUUAUCCAAUGGUACAUGGACUCCAUUUAACCCAGUGACUGUGAGGUCAAUCAUUUCUAUGUUUGACCGAGAAAACAAGGCUGGUGUGAACUUCAGUGAAUUCACGGGUGUGUGGAAGUAUAUCACAGACUGGCAGAAUGUCUUCCGGACCUACGACAGGGACAACUCUGGGAUGAUUGACAAGAACGAGCUCAAACAAGCACUCUCAGGUUUUGGCUACCGGCUCUCUGAUCAGUUCCAUGACAUCCUCAUCCGAAAAUUUGACAGGCAAGGACGGGGCCAGAUCGCAUUUGAUGACUUCAUCCAGGGCUGCAUCGUCUUGCAGAGGUUGACAGACAUAUUCAGACGCUAUGACACGGAUCAGGAUGGCUGGAUUCAGGUGUCUUAUGAGCAAUAUCUCUCCAUGGUCUUCAGCAUUGUAUAACCAGGCCUUGAGAACAGCAAGCACGGCAUGCAAAAGACUGAAGAUGCCAAAUCCCUUACCUGUGAUAGAACAGGGCACAGCUGCAGUGAGAUGCCGUCCUUCCCGUUGGCUGUAUCGUUCAUACUUGGGGACCUGGCUGUACAUAUGUGAAUAUGCUGGUCAGUGAUUCUGUAGUGACUCUAGCUACACUGUUGUGAUACAAACCUUGGGUUUGCUGACUAAUUGUGCCAUGAGACCUAAUAAUGCUUCAGGAUUUUGCUCUCAAACUAUCAUGUUCUUUUCUAGAUGUCUCUAAGUCUAUAGUUGCAAUGCUUUUAUUAGCCAAUAGAAUUUUAAAAUAAUAUGGAACUUGCACAGAAGGCUUUUCAUGUGCCUUACUUUUUAAAAAAAAUUGGAAUAUGUAACAUAAGCAAUAAAGUGAUGAUACAGACUGGUUGCCUAGUUUUGGCUGGUUUUUUGCUUUGUUUUGUUUUAACCAAACAGGUGGAAGAGCUGUGCCGUUUGUUACACUACUCUAGCAUAACACGUGUGCUGCGUGAACCUGGGAGUGUGGGGCCUAAAAAUGAGGCAGACUAAAGUCUCAUGCAAAAGCCAACUUUAUUUAGAGCAUCAGAAAAUUUAUACUCUGAGGGUUAAGAGGAACCACAAAGAAGUCACACAUGGCAAAAACAUGUUUUUUCCAUAAAGGCGUAUGAAUAGCAACAGCUGCAGUAAACUCACUCCGGUCUUCCAUACCUGGGAGGAGCACAAAGACACAUUCUGGAACCAAUUCUGUGAAUUGAAGAAACGGGUCAUGUAACGUAAGCAAUAAAGUAAUGAUAUAGACUGG